AUGGGCAAGAAGAGCAAGCAGGCUGAGGUCGAUGUCGGCGCGGCACAACAUUCUGGCGACUUCCGCCUGAAGCCCAGCAGCGAAGGGCCCAAGCUCGACACCUCGCAAUGGCCGCUCCUACUCAAGAAUUUCGACAAGAUGAACGUCCGGUCGGGCCAUUACACGCCGCUGCCCGAGGGAUGCUCGCCGCUGAAGCGUGACAUCAAAAACUACAUCUCGUCGGGCUUCUUCAACCUCGACAAGCCGGCCAACCCGUCUUCGCACGAGGUCGUAGCCUGGAUCAAGCGCAUUCUGCGAUGCGAGAAGACUGGUCACUCGGGCACGCUGGAUCCCAAGGUAUCUGGCUGCCUGAUUGUCUGCAUCGACCGAACGACGAGACUGGCCAAGUCGCAGCAAGGUGCCGGCAAGGAGUACAUGGCCAUCUUCAAACUGCACAACCCCGUCGAGUCGGAGAAGAAGAUCCGUCAAGGUCUCGAAAAACUCACCGGCGCUCUCUUCCAACGCCCACCACUGAUCUCGGCCGUCAAGCGACAGCUCCGCGUGCGAACCGUCUAUGAGAACAAGCUCGUCGAGUACGACCCAGAGCAACAGAUGGGAAUCGCCUGGUUCAAGUGCGAAUCCGGUACCUACGUGCGUACCCUCUGCGUGCAUCUCGGAAUUCUGCUCGGCACUGGCGGACAGAUGGCUGAGCUGCGCAGAAACCGCUCCGGCAUCACCGACGAGCACGACCAGCUCGUCUCGAUGCAUGACAUUUUGGAUGCUCAAUACGUGCUCGACCACCACAAGGACGAGACGUACAUGCGCACAGUAGUUCGGCCACUGGAGGCGCUGCUCGUCGCCCACAAGCGCAUCAUCGUCAAGGACUCGUCGGUGAACGCGAUCUGCUACGGCGCAAAGAUCUUGGUGCCCGGAGUCCUUCGCUAUGACGAUGGAAUCGAGCUGAACCAGGAGAUCGUCAUCGUCACCACGAAGGGUGAGGCUGUCUGCUUGGCCAUCGCCAUGAUGACCACCUCUACGAUCGCCUCCGUUGACCAUGGUGUCGUCGCCAAGAUCAAGCGCGUCAUCAUGGAGCGUGACACCUACGGCCGGAAGUGGGGUCUCGGCCCGAUGGCUCUCAAGAAGAAGAAGAUGGUCGAGCAGGGCCUCGUCAAGAAGUUCUCCAACAACGACAAGUUGUACGAGGACGUCGAGACGGAGCAGUCCGAGAAGCCGAAGAAGGUCAAGGAGGAGCCCAAGGACAACGGCACCCCGAAGGCCAAGCGCCCGAAGAAGGAGGAGACGUCGUCGGAGGACUCGGACUCGGAA